AUGCAGGACCAGAGGAAUAUCCUGAAGGGCCACACCUCUCGAAGGCUGACAGAAAGACUGCUUGUGUCCCAAAAUCUACCACCCAAAGCUCUCUACCAGUACGCCCUGGACAUGCACGUGUUCUACACCAGUGCGAUCGGCAUGGUCUCCACCGUCUUCUCUUUGGUGGGCAUGGUCAUCUACAACCGCUGGAUGCAGCGUUGGAGCUACCCGCACAUUCUCAUGGUAGGCAACAUCCUCACAGCGGCCUGCAACCUGCUCAACUGCGUGGUCUUCUCCCGCUGGAACUUGAAGCUUGGCAUCGAUGACCAUAUCUUCGUUCUGGGGUCGGAUGCGAUUCAGAAUGUGUGCAUGGAGAUCGCUUGGCUUCCCACCAUGCUUAUCAUUUCGCAGCUGUGCCCCAAGGGCUGUGAAGCCACUAUGUUCGCACUGCUGGCCGGAAUGGGUAAUCUGGGCUCCUCAUUGGGCUCCUACUUCGGCGCCUACAUCCUCGUUAUGUUAGGUGUGAAACCGACCGGUGAGCCGAAUGAGUCGGCAGAGUUCGACAACCUCUGGCUGGCUUCGGUAGUCUCUUCGAUCGGCCCGGUGAUUCCCUUGAUUCUGCCGGAGGCCCGGAAGAGCAAAGCCUAA